ACUCUGUACCUUCCAUAGUCCACUCGAAGAAAAAUGCAGGAGGCAAAGCACAACAUCGUGAUAUUACAAACAGCUUCACUGUUGCUGUUGGUUUUGGUCUUAAAUGGGUGUGCACAGACUCUUCCCCCUGCAAAGUACGAUGGCUUCUUGUACGAGCAUGGCCGAGGUGACCCGGAUUCGAUUCUGAUCGAAGCUUUCUUUGACCCGGUCUGCCCGGACAGUCGAGAUUCCUGGCCACCCCUCAAACAGGCCCUAGCCUUCUACGGCCCUCACGUCGCUCUUGUUGUUCACCUGUUGCCGCUGCCUUACCAUGACAAUGCGUUUGUUGCCUCUCGUGCUUUACACAUUGUGAAUAAGCUGAAACCAUCUGCGACGUUUUCAUUGUUGGAGUGGUUUUUCAAGAAUCAGGAGAGGUAUUACAAUGCUCAAACGCGCAACAUGUCUAGGGCUUCCAUAGUGGAUGACUUAGUGAAGCAACUCACAGCAGUAAUUGGGAACUCUUAUCAUAGUUCUCUGGAAUCAGGCUUUACUGACCGGAAAACUGAUCUCACAACAAGGGUUUCCUUCAAGUAUAGUACUUCAAGAGGAGUGUAUGGAACACCAUUUUUCUAUGUAAAUGGAUUUGUAUUGCCUGAUGCUGGCAACGCUAGAGACUUCAACGGAUGGAAAAAAGUGCUCGACCCUUUAGUUGCAGCACCAAAGAAACAAGAAACUCUGCAUUUCUUCCUAUAAAGGAUAUAUAGCUAAAUGGUUCAGGUUCUUGGUUGUCUGAAGAAUGAAUUCCACAAUGUUAUUUCAAUGUGUAUAUGAAUGAACCUGGCCAUUAGGCCAUGUAAUAAAAUGAAAACAGUCCGGUGUAAUUUGGACC